GAACCCGGGAGAGAGAAAGACGUUUCCCGCCGGCGGGAGCUACGUUUGUGGUGGCGGGGCUCGCAGCUCCGUAGCACCAUGGCGGACCAGCUUUAUCUGGAAAACAUAGACGAGUUCGUCACGGACCAGAACAAGAUCGUGACCUACAAAUGGCUGAGCUAUACACUAGGGGUUCAUGUUAACCAAGCCAAACAGAUGCUGUAUGAUUAUGUUGAAAGGAAGCGAAAGGAGAAUUCGGGAGCCCAGCUGCAUGUCACGUAUUUAGUGUCUGGCAGUCUCAUUCAGAAUGGACAUUCUUGCCACAAGGUUGCAGUAGUGAGAGAAGAUAAAUUGGAAGCAGUGAAGUCCAAGCUAGCGGUGACUGCCAGCAUCCAUGUGUACAGCAUCCAGAAAGCCAUGCUAAAGGACAGUGGGCCUCUGUUCAAUACGGACUAUGACAUCCUUAAAAGCAACUUGCAGAACUGCAGCAAGUUUAGUGCCAUACACUGUGCAGCUGCAGUCCCCAGAGCUUCUGUUGAAUCCUCGUCCUCUGAAAAGUUUGAGCAGUCCAAUCUUCAAGUAUCAAGUGAGACACCAGCCAAUAAUGAGUUGACAACCAAUGGUCACAGUCCACCUACCUCCAAACAGAUUUUCCAGCAGCCCAAAGGGAUAAUGGGUAUGUUUGCCUCUAAAGCUGCUUCUAAAACUCAAGAUGCCAACAAGGAAACCAAAACAGAGACUAAAGAGGUAACAAAUGUAUCUUCCACAGGCAACAAGGCACCAGGGAAAGGGAAUGUGAUGAGCAAUUUUUUUGGAAAAGCUGCAAUGAAUAAACUUAAAGUCAAUUUGGAUUCAGAACAAGCAGUGAAAGAAGAAAAAAUAGUGGAGCAACCUCCAGUGUCUGUCACUGAACCAAAGCUGGCAGCCCCUACAGGCCUGAAGAAAUCCAGCAAAAAAGCAGAGCCUGUUAAGAUGCAGCAGAAGGAAAAAAAAAGGGGGAAGCGAGUGGAGUUAUCUGAUGAUGAGACAAAAGAAACUGAAAAUAUGAAGAAAAAGAGGAGACGAAUCAAACUUCCUGAGUCUGAUAGCAGUGAAGAUGAAGUCAUACCAGACUCUCCUGGAGAUUAUGAAGCUGAGUCACCAUCCCCACCUCCUCCUUCUCCACCUCCUGAACCAGUGCCGAAGACUGAACCAGAACCUCCUUCUGUCAAGAGCUCAAGUGGAGAAAAAAGAAAACGAAAGCGGGUGCUGAAAUCGAAAACCUUUGUAGAUGAGGAAGGCUGCAUAGAUUUGCGCAACAACCAUGAUGGCUGCUGUGAAAGAAGAGAAGCCCAUGACAAGUUCUUUGCCUUCCUGGGACAGACCAUCAUUGGAAAGGCAACCAUGUGCAUGUUUGUGCAUUUCAUAGACUUUUGUUAAAAGUUUACUAUGUGCCCAGCACUGUUAUGCUAGAUGCUGGGGAUACAAAGGUAAAUUUUUUGCCCUCAAGGAAUUUACUGUGUAGUGGAGGGAGAGAUGUAGACAAGUAAUUAUAAUGUGCUAUGAUACUAAUAUAAUACUUUAUUAAUACUACUAAUAAUACUAAUAUAAUAAGAAUAAUACUGAUAUAAUACUUUCAAGAGUGCUUACCAGGGGGCAAAAUUUGUGCAAGGUAUCUAAAUCCACUUUCUCUAAUCCUUACAAUACUUUCAUUUACAAAUGAAGUUAGGGAGUCUUAGAGAGUUGCAUGAUUUGCCCAAUAAGUGGCAGAGUGAGAUGUGUCUUCUUUUUCAAACAUUUUAUGUAUUCAUUUAGGGAGAGAGACUAUGCCCAUGAGCCUGGGAAUGGGCAGAGGGAGAGACAAUUUCCAGUAGACUGUGCUGAGAAUGGAGCCCAGUGGGAGACUCAGUCCCACAACCCUGAUAUCAUGACCUGAGAUGAAACUGAGUCAGACGCUUAGCCAGCUGAGCUGAGGUGCCCCUCU